ACGUGGCCACAUAAACGAACAGGCCGGUCAUACUAGCGUGUAGUUAAUUACUGAAGGCCAGUACAACCACACACGCUAUAAUCAUCUGUUGGCUUGGGAGCAAGUAAUUGCUCUUCCCGGGGGAGUGUUUUUCAUCGUCGUUCGGUAAAUUCUGGCACGCGAGCAUCUCUGUAGUCUGUACCAUUGGGGUGGGUGGUGGUCUGGACGAACAAGACACGCAUGCGCCGUGGGGUCGCUGCUGCAGAUCACUCGCGAAGAGUCGACGGUGCCAAGGAAACACACAUGCGGGCAGGAGGGGACCCAGAUUUCCAGAUUGCAGGAGCGUCCUCCAUUCUUGAAAUUCGCGAUAAUGAAAAAAACACCAUCCAUUACAUUUGAAUCAUUCGAUGUGUAAUGUCUCACGAGUGAUAAGCAAAGAGAGAGGAGUUAAAAUCAUUUACAAGGGAGGGACGCCGCGAGCCGCCCACAGACUUGCUGCUCCAGGUGAGGGCGUCGCUCAGCGGUUGCCAUGCCGCUGGUGAAGAGGAGCAUCGAGCCCCGGCACCUCUGCCGGGGGGCGGUGCCAGAUGGGGUGACCAGUGAGCUGGAGUGCGUCACCAACAGCACCCUGGCUGCAAUCAUCAAACAGCUGGGCAGCCUGAGUCGGCAUGCUGAGGACAUCUUCGGGGAGCUGUUCAAUGAGGCAAACAGCUUUUACAUGCGCAUGAACAGCCUGCAGGAGAGGGUGGACCUGCUGGCGGUCAAGGUCACGCAGCUGGACUCAACCGUGGAGGAAGUGUCUCUACAGGAUAUCAACAUGAGGAAAGCCUUCAAGAGUUCCACCACACAGGACCAGCAGGUGGUCUCCAGGAACUCCAUCCCCAACCCUGUGAUGGAGAUGUACCAUCGCUGUGACAAGCCCCCUCCCCUCAACAUCCUCACUCCCUACAGGGAUGACAAGAAGGAUGGACUCAAGUUCUACACUGACCCCUCCUACUUCUUCAACCUGUGGAAAGAGAAGAUGCUCCAAGCCACAGAGGACAAGAGGAAAGAGAAAAGAAGGCAGAAGACAAGCGGCCCGGCCCACUCAGACCAGGCUAGGCCCCAGACCAGGCAGGCCCCCCAAAGGAGCCCCCUGUGCAGCUCAGAGCAGAAGCAGGUGGAGGACCCCACCCGUGAGGUGAAGAAGGUGCGGAAGGCGCGGAACCGGCGCCAGGAGUGGAACAUGAUGGCCUACGACAAGGAGUUCCGCCCGGACACCCGCUUCACGCCCUCGCCCUACCACGGCAUGUCCUCCGAGGGCUCCCUCUCCCCCGACAGCAGGUCGGUGGCGUCGGACGUGGCUGAGCACUCCUACCCGGCCAGCCCCAACCACCCCUCCCAGCAGGUCAGUGGGUCCAGCCCCUACUCCACGGCCGAGGGCAAAGAGCACCUGACCGGCCCCUCCCAGACCCAGUCCCUGGACCGCGCCUACCGCCCGCCCCCCGCCGCCGCCGGGCGCCAGGCCCACUCCCUGGGCCGCGCGCAGCCCCCCCACGCCCCCCCGCCCGCCGACCCCGCCCUCAACGGCCCUCGUCCGCAAGCCGUCAAAGACUACAGUGGUCAACAGAUGCCGGAAUACUUUGUGCCACCCGCCCCUCCCCCACCCCCUCCCCUCAUCCCCUCCGCCCAGACGGCCUUCGACAGUCCCGCUGCCCCGCCCGCCCUCCCCCCCAGCGCGGUGGCCGCCAUGUCCCGCUCCUACACCCCCUCCCCGCCUCCUCCUGCCCCUCCCGCCUCUUACGUCCCCUCCCCCUCCCACCCCCCUGCCGGGGCCCCGCCCAUGGCCCCGCCCCCACCUCCACCUGGCCCUCCCACCCACGCCUUCUCCCCUGCCCACGCUGUGGCUCCGCCCUCCGGAGAGGCCCCGCCCAGAAAGGGGCAGGUCCCGGUGAUCCCCAUGAGCGACGCCCGCAGCGAUCUGCUCGCUGCCAUUCGCAGAGGGAUCCAGCUGCGGAAGGUGCAGGAGCAGCGUGAGCAGGAGGCCAAGAAGGAGCCGGUGGGCAACGACGUGGCCACCAUCCUGUCGCGCCGCAUUGCCGUGGAGUACAGCGAGUCCGACGACGACUCGGAGCUGGACGAGAACGAGUGGUCAGACUGAGGGAGGGGGCGGCGGCCUGCGGGGGCGGGGCGGCGCUGGGCGGGACAGCAUCACACCUUCAAACCGCUGCUUUUCAGACUCUGUUUCGACAGAGCCUGCCACUGCACACGUGACCCCGGAAAACUGCAUCACACUCCAGAGUGGAAGAGGAAGAGAGGAGGGAGAUAAACACACACGUAUAUGCAGAAAUGCACAGGUUUUCACACACACACACACACGCAAGCACACCCACACACACGCCCACAAACCCAUACAUCCACACACACACACACACGCACACACACAGAGGGACAAGAGGCAGGGAUAACACCAGAACAGAGCUGGCUGGAGCACGUUCCAGACCAGCAGGGGGAGCCAGUCUCGUUUCACGUUGGGGCCGGAAGGAGCCGGAUCAGGUGGCGGACGGCAUGUUUCCCUCUGCCUGCUCGCCCGCCCACUGCCGGGCCUUUCUGCGGAGCUGCUGGAGAGAAGCAUCUGGUCCGAAGGCCACAGCGAGACGCUUCGCUCCCGAGCCCAGAAUCCUCGGAACCGGGGUCCGCUGACGCGCUGACGUCUGCCCGCCAUCUGUCUCCACACACUCCCCCCACCCCCCGGCUCCAUCGCGCCCGCUUUCCCCUAACCUUUAAAAAAUAUGUCCUCGCGUUCCUCAUAAACACCAUCUGUGUGGCGGCGGCGGUGCCCGCGUCAGUGCGAGGGACCGUUUAGGCACCGCCCACUGCCGCCGCGGUUCCUCCUCACCUGCCGCCGGGCCGCGCGGUGAGAGAAAGCGUAGGUUUGGUGCGGAAGCAGAACCGACUCCAGCCCCUGACAAAAAGAGCUGGCGAUUCCGUUCAUCCGUCACCUCUACCCCAUCCCGCCCCCCCC